CAAAUAAACUAGCUUAUAAUUUUACAUUAAUGCCUUUUAGCAUAUUACUAUUCAAAGUGAGCAUUUCUCUUUAGCUCUUCCAGCUCAGUUGAGCUCUAUUAUAUUAGCUCCUGUAGCUCAUUUGAGAUGAGCUAUUACAAAUGUUUUUAGUAAUUAAUCUUUUUCUAAUAUCUACUAUAACUAUAUAGGUGCAUUAUUUAUAAAAAUGUUAUUAAUAAAGAUAAAUGGAUGUGUAAUUUAUAUGAAGGUAAAGUAUAGAAGGUAUAGGAUAAAUUCCCCCAAACAUUUUGAGACCAAAAUGAAUCAUUACUCACAAACCCAAAUAUGAUAAUAAACUUUAUCAAUGCUUGUGUCAAAUUUGAACAGUACUUGAAACCUAAAAAGUUUGGAAGUUUGGAUGUGAUGAACAGUACUUUAUUAAUUAAGGUUUUUGCACGUGAUGUGGUACAUAUUGAAAAUAGUACAUAACAACAUACUAUUAUCAACAAUAAUAAUCAAUACAAAUUUAUGUUCAUAUUAUUCAAGAUGGAACAUUUAAUUUUAAUUUUAUUGUUAAUUUUAUAAAACUUCUUUGAUCUAUGCAGAUACAAAUAUAAGAAAGUUUGGGUAUAUUAAACACUAGUGUUCUUUCUCUCUACACCAUAGUCACACUCAUUAAUUUUCUAAUUAAGAGCAUAACACUUUUUAUAAGGAAUUAUUGGUUAAUUAGGCCUACAUGCCUAAUGUAAGAGAAUUAAUUGUCCUCUCCCAAAUAGCAGACUAUAAACAUUUUUUAAAGCUAUGUUUAUAGGAUCCCGAACAUAUUAGUACGUUAUAUCCAUCUUAUUAUUAUUAUUAGGAUUUUUUAUACUACAUAUUAAAAUUUUUAACUUUUUUAUUUUUUAACUGUAGGAUAGGAUUUUUUUCAAAAAUACUAUCUUUUUUAUACUGUGUAUUGUGUUAACUUUAUACUGUUGUUCCACGGUUAUAUUUUUAGUUGCUUCACUGCUGUUUUAAUUGUUUUGCUUUGUUAUUUUACAGUUGUUUUAUAAAAAAAAAUAUUUUUAUAAAAAAUUCUAUAUGAUAAUAAAAUUAUAAAUUUUUGCUAAAAAUUCAGUAAAAAGUCCUAUCAUUGUAUGCUAAUACCGACUCUAAAUAAGCAAUUCAUCAUUUUGUUAGUACACCUCAAAUAUUCUAACAAUUCAUGGACCAUGGUUAUAUGCAUGAAAAUGUGUAUAUAAUAUUAAAAGUAAUGUAGGAAAGAGUGUUUCAGUCAAAGGAAAAAAAGAAACAAAACUGUCGAUUAAUGUACUAAUCACAUGGUUAUGUAUUGGUAAUCACAAAUUGGCCUAAAUUAACUUCACAUAGUAAACGGUCUAAUAAUGUUUUUAAAUUUUGCGUGAAGCUGUUUUAUACUCAUAUAGCUAAUUUUUGAGAUGCAUAACAUUUACUCUUGCUUGAGAUUUUCAAACAAACACUAACAAUGGCCGAGACUGUGAUUUCUGUGAUGGUACAACUGCUGACUUCUCUUCCUCUUAAAGCCAUAAUAAAAGGAGAGUUGAAAGGCGCGUGGAUAAUUUGACUCGUAAACUAAGGUCCAUUCGAGCUGUGUUGCAGGACGCCGAGAACAGAAGAUGGACUAGCGAUCGCGAAAGUGUUAAAGAUUGGUUGGAGAUGCUUGAAGACUACUCUCAUGAGAUGACUAAAUCAAGAAAGAUUUUAAUCAGAGGAGAAAGGUUAGUAGCCCUGUCUUCUUCUUGCUUUUGUAUUUUCACUAAAUUUAAUUGGCUAGCCGGCUCUGAGGUGAGACGAGUGAGGUGGCCGUCUUAGGCCCCUCCACAGCUAACAAAGUUAGUAAUAAAAUAAAAAAAAUAAUACACACGUUAAUGUAUGUUACAGUUCGGUGGUAAUUUGAUUGGAGUUGUUGUGGACAUUGUCGUCCCACAUAGAAUAAAUGGUAAAGAAUUGAGUCAUAUAUAAGAACAUGGACUACUCCACUCAUUGCCAAUUGGUUUUAAGAUGGAACCCCAUGAUUCUCAACAGGAGUAAUAGCUUCGAGGUUUAGAGUUCAAAUCCGCCGGCGGGUGAUUUCACACCAUGCCAUUCUUCACCAAAUUGAAGAAAUAGAAGAAAAAGUAAAUGUAGCUGUUGGUCAAAUAAGCUCUUUAGGCCUAGUAGAGAAAUUAGUGACUAAUGAUCAAGUUUUGAGUAGAGCAUUAGAGACUACUUCAUUUGUUGAUGAAAUAGAAAUUCAUGGUCGAGAUUUGGAUAAGAAAGCCUUGUUACAAAUGCUAAUGCCCAAUGAUACCAUUACUCAUGGUCAUGAUGGACCACUAGAGGUGAUAUCUGUUGUGGGUAUGGGAGGACUUGGCAAGACCACUCUUGCACAAUUAGCAUUUAAUAAUGAAGCAAUUAAGAAUCAGUUUCUGACCCUUUUGAUUUACUCAAUAUUGCAUCAGCAAUUACUGAGAGCCUUCUUAAAGAUCAUCAUCAUCAUCAUCAUCAUGAAUCAUCUCUAGCUGUGCCACCAAAAUUCCAAACCUUAGAAGCAGCCUUUAAUUGGAUCUUGAGUUGUCUAGGCGGAUCUAGAUUUCUACUUGUGCUAGAUGAUGUUUGGAAUGAAGAUUAUAGUAAGUGGGAACCAUUAGAAAUAUGUUUGAAGAAAUUAGAAAAGAGAGUGUAGCAAGUGUGAUGGGAGGUAUUACUUUCAAUAUGAUUAAGUUAAAAGAAUUGAGCCAAAAUGAGUGUCAAUUAAUAUUUGAAAGGCAUGCAUUUAAGGGUAGAAAUAAUGAAGAAGAUAUCAUAGAAUUGAGAGACAUAGGUAUCAAAAUUGUGAGCAAGUGUAAAGGUUUACCUCUAGCAGCAAAGACUUUGGGUGGUCUUAUGAGUUUCAAGAGAAGUAGAAAAGAAUGGGAAGAUGUUUUGUGUAGUCAUUUGUGGGAGUUAAAUGUUUGUGAAGUUGAACAAUAUCUCUUUGGUCCAUUGUUACUAAGUUACCUUGAUUUAUCAUCUUUAGGAAAACGUUGUUUGUUGCAUUGUGCCAUUUAUCCAAAAGAUCAUUUGAUUGAGAAGAGAAAACUAAUUGAAAUGUGGAUGUCAGAAGGUUAUCUAAACUCAGAAGAGGAAGGGGCAAGUAUUUUUCGGAAUUUAACAACUCGAUCUUUCUUUCAAGAUUUUCAACAGCCAAAUGAUGCUGAAUAUGAUGAUGAUGAUGAUGAUGAUAAUGUUGUUUGUAAGAUGCAUGACAUUUUACAUGAUUUCAUUCAGUAUUUGACAAAAAGAGAAUGUGAGAUCAUAGAAGCUUUUAAUAUUGUUGAUUUGGUUGCUGAUCAGAAGAGGAGUAAGAGAAAGUUAAGGCAGAGGAUUAGACAUUUGACCAUAACAAUGGAAUCUGAAGCUGAGUUUCCUAAAUUGGAAUUGAGUAAUGACAACAAAAAGUUCUUGCACACCUUUCAUAUUUUAAGGCAAGGUGAUAUCAAUAUCAAUAAUGCUCCUUUUGAUAUCUCCAUGUUGUUAUGUUUAAAACAUCUUAGGAGUUUAAAUUUGUCAAGUUGUGGGCUCAUGAAAUUGCCAGAGAAUAUAGGGGACUUAAUACAUUUGAGAUAUCUUGAAGUUGGAGACAACCCUUUAGAGAAAUUACCAAACUCAUUUUGUAACUUAUGCAACUUGCAAACUUUGAGAAUGGAGUCUCAUUUUCUAGUGCCUAUAGAGUUACCAGAAGGGAUUGGAAAGUUAGUAAAUUUGAGGUCUUUGUAUAUUAGGGGUGAAAAUUCUAGGUUUGAGGGAUUGCCAAAAGGUAUUACCACCUUACCUUCAUUAAGAAUUCUAGAUUGGUUUCCACAUAAUACCCAAGACAACAACAAGUACUUGAGUAUUAGAGAGUUGACUACUACAAUGAUGAAUUGCAACAAUCUUAAAAUUUAUCAUUUGACUCUUCAUUUGGAAAGUCACAACAAGACUUUCAUAGAUCUAACAACUUUAGGAAACAUUUAUGAACUAGAAAUAUACCCAAUAAGCAGAGAAGAGGAAUUAGUAAUUGGCCUAUUGGAUCAGUUUAAUAGUAUCCAACCUCAUCCAAAGUUGAAAGUUUUAAGAGUAGGACAAUUUGGUAGAAUCCAAACCUUUUCUCCAAAAUGGAUUAAGUCCUUAUUGUCUUUGCGUAAGCUUGUAUUCUGUGGUUGUUCUUGUUUAAUCACAUUACCAUCAGCUGUAGCCAAACUACCAUCUCUAGAGGCACUCGAAUUUUGGGGCUUGCGCGCCAAGUUUAUUGGGCCCGAGCUUUUGGGUUUAGUACUUGGUGAUACUGAUGAUGAUGAAGUGCGAGUUCUUUACCCGAAACUUAAAGUGCUGAAAUUCACAAGCGUGGAAAAUUGGUGCGAGUGGAAAACAGAACCGCUUAUGAUCAAGAUCAUGCCGGUUUUGGAAUCACUAUACUUUUGGUCUUGCUCAAGCCUUGGAGUAUUGCCUGGCUUUCUUUGUAAUGUGAAGUCUUUGAAGUUUAUACACAUAAGCAAUGCAACAAAACUUGAGAAGCAUUGUCGAGUGAGGGAUGAGAAUGAGUGGCCCAAAAUUUCUCAUGCCAAAAACAUUCUCCUUAACGGUGUGCAUGUGCAAAAGGAGGGCCAUUACUUGCUACAUUGAUAUGAUCAUAAUCUUAAGGAAAAAAUGAAGGAGUCUUAAAUGAACUUUUGGUGGCAGUUCAUUUUUCAAACUCUCUACUCCAGAAAAGAUAUUCACUACUAGUUGUUCGCUGUGAUUUUAGUGACGCGACCCAUCAUAGGUGAAAAAGAGUAAAAGACUACACAAAUUGGAUCUUGGCAAAUAUUCCAAAGCGGGGUUAGAGCUCUCUUGGUAAUGCGCAGAGAGGAGUCACACUAGUAGCCCCCUCCUUUAUAUUUAUGAAAAAAAAAUUACUCUACUAAUAUAGUGAGAGGGUAUUUUUUAUUUUCAAAAAUUGUAAAACUUAACUAUUUUGAAUUCUUUUUUCAGUACUUGUAAAAUUAUCUAAUUUAAUUUCCUACCUAAGCAAAAAACUAAACUUUACAAAA